GGCAGUCCAGUGAGAGACUCUCCGACAGGCACGGAGGGUGAUUGGGAGGAAAGCGGGCAGCGAGGGGCUUGUCAUGGGGAUCCGUGCUACGUGACGGCACUGGUAGCAUCUGGGGACUCCGAGGGGGACAGGAAGUGUCAACGCCCGGGACCCCGGCGCCAGGUCCGCCGGGGGAUCCCCGCUGCUCUAGUCUUGGGGAGGGAGGGGGAAAAGGAGGGAGCCCUGAUCUCGCCCCGCCCCUGGGCUUGUUACCGCGGGGGCGGGGAGUGAGGGCUUCUUUUGAGGGGAGUGGAGAUCGGGGGACUCGGCUGUGCCCUCUUGAGCGGCUGCCGGUGUCCCCGCGGCGCCGGGCUGCCGAGCGGAGGAGCCGCGGCGGCCGCGGCUGUUGCAUGUGUGGCUGCUGGAUGCGGAGGCGGCGGCGGCGGCGGCGGCGAGGAGCAGCAGCGGCGGCAGGAUGUUAGGGCAGCAGCAGCAGCAACUGUACUCGUCGGCCGCGCUCCUGACCGGGGAGCGGAGCCGGCUCCUCACCUGCUACGUGCAGGACUACCUCGAGUGUGUGGAGUCGCUGCCCCACGACAUGCAGAGGAACGUGUCUGUGCUCCGAGAGCUGGACAACAAAUAUCAAGAAACAUUAAAGGAAAUUGAUGAUGUCUAUGAAAAAUAUAAGAAAGAAGAUGAUUCAAACCAGAAAAAACGCCUACAGCAGCAUCUCCAGAGAGCAUUAAUCAAUAGUCAAGAAUUGGGAGAUGAGAAAAUUCAGAUUGUCACACAGAUGCUCGAACUGGUGGAAAAUCGGGCAAGGCAAAUGGAGUUGCAUUCACAGUGUUUUCAAGAUCCUGCUGAAGGUGAACGGGCCUCGGAUAAGGCGAAGAUGGAUUCCAGCCAACCGGAGAGAUCUUCAAGAAGACCCCGCAGACAGCGAACCAGUGAAAGCCGUGAUUUAUGUCACAUGACGAAUGGGAUUGAAGACUGUGACGAUCAGCCACCUAAAGAAAAGAAAUCCAAGUCAGCCAAGAAAAAGAAACGCUCCAAGGCCAAGCAGGAAAGGGAAGCAUCGCCUGUUGAGUUUGCAAUAGAUCCCAAUGAACCUACAUACUGUUUAUGUAACCAAGUGUCUUAUGGGGAAAUGAUCGGAUGUGACAAUGAACAGUGUCCAAUUGAAUGGUUUCACUUUUCGUGUGUUUCGCUUACCUAUAAACCAAAGGGGAAGUGGUAUUGCCCAAAGUGCAGGGGAGAUAAUGAGAAAACAAUGGACAGAAGUACUGACAAGGCAAAAAAGGAUAGAAGAUCGAGGUAGUAAAUGCCAUCCACAUUUUAAAAGAUUAUUUGUCUUUUAUAUAAUUCUUUCAGAAUUUACUUUCGAAAAUGUUUUAGGGUAAAUGCAUAAGACUAUGCAAUAAUUUUUAAUCAUUAGUAUUAAUGGUGUAUUAAAAGUUGUUGUACUUUG